UUUCCUCAGGUUGGCUUCUCUGGAUCCUCAUAAUUCCACUUCUGGUUCUGGUGGGAGGACUUUGGUAUCAUAUGAGUCCCACAGUGGAGGGUAAGGGGAGACUUAACAUGAGGAUUGUUCUGCUGGGUAAGACUGGAUCAGGGAAGAGUUCAACAGGAAACACCAUCCUGGGGAGAGAGGCGUUUCGAGCAGAGGCUUCUCCAGUGGCUGUGACCACACAGUGUGAGAAACAAAAUGUUGUUAUCGGCCAGAAUAGAAUAACAGUGAUUGACACCCCAGGUGUCUUGGGCACGUUGUUGCAACCUGAUGAAGUUAUGGUUAAAACUGCUGAAUGCAUUAACACCACACCUCAUGCCUUCCUAUUGGUGACCAGGCUGGGGGAAUUCACAGAUGAGGACAGAAAGUCAGUUCAAUGGAUCCAGGAACAUUUUGGAGAGGAGGCUUUAAAGUACACGAUCGUUCUGUUCACUGGGGUAGACCAGCUAGAGGGGAAACCAGUAGAGACAUUUAUAAAAGGCAGCAGCCAUCUACUACAAGUCAUUAACAGUUGUGGGGACAGAUACCAUGUCUUUAACAACAAGGACAAGAAUGACAACACUCAGGUCUCAGAGCUGCUAGAGAAGAUAGAUGAAUUACUGAAUGAGUAUAGGGGUUAUCAUCAUGAGGCAGACUUGCUGACACAGGAAAGGGUUAGGGAAGAGGAGAUGAGGAAGAAGGAGAGGGCUCAGAUAAUACAAGAGGAGGGGAUAAAUAUGGAGGCAGCAGAAAGAGAGAUGAGAGAGGAGGAGAAAAAGAUGGAAUCAGAAGAUUUUAAGCAUAACACACCAACUGUUACCCACAGAUAG